UCCCACCAUCUUUACCUGCCUUAUCUGAGCAUCCAGAUGGCGCCGCAAACCGGCACGGCCGAUACUAAGACGGCGAAGGCAGAUGUGCAAGAGGCGCUGCGGAAGGUGCAGCGCGAGCGAGAUGCGUUUUUUGAGGACAUCGAGAGGCUGAGGCGGGAGAAGGUUGCGCUGGAGGGGCGGCUGAGCGAGGCGGAGGGCCGGCUAAGAGAGGCCGGUGAGCGGCGAGUAGGGGAUGCGGAGAGUAUCAGGCGGCUGGAGCGGGAGUUAGAGGCUGCGCGGGUAGAGGCAAGGACAGCGGGAUGGGCAAAGAACGAUGCGGAGCGGGAAUGGCAGCGGGAAAAGGGGGCGAUGGGAGGUGAGAUUGAGCAGUUGAAAAGGGACAGCGAGGUGCAGAAGCGCCAGAUCGCGGGGCUGAAGAGGAAGUUGAAGGACAAGACAGCGGUGACUCCAAUCGUCGUUAUAGACGAUGGCGACGAUGGCAUGAGUACCUUGGCAUCCAACUUCCGGGUAAAGGAGCAAGACGAGAAGGCUCCGGACGACCGAAGCACCUCUGUGGCAUCUUCAUAUGCGACUAGUACACUUGUCGGCCGUUCUUCAGAGACUCCCACCGGCCCUACAAAACGACCACAUAGCCCUGCGCAAUCGGAUCUCAGCUCUCCUACGAAACGGCUCAAAGGCGCGAUAUUGACGGACAGGAAUGCGCAGAGCCGCUCUCCCGAGCGGCCAGUUAUCCCGCCCCCCUUCUCUUCCGGUGGACGAGCAAUGACAGUCUCGCUGUCACCGAUAAAAACGGAGGCGAAGCCCGGCCGCGGCUUAAAGCGUGAAGUCAAGCAAGAGCAACUGGCGCUUCCCGCUGCGCUUCUCGCGACGCACCUCCACUCCGUGCCCCCAUUCGCCAUCCCGCCGCCGGGGCCCUCCGCCGUCUACGCCUCCCGCCGACAGCACCUCCACCCAGCCUUCAAGGGGCAGCGCCAGGCAUUGCUGCCGACCAUGUUGUACUGCCCGAUACCCGGCGGGCCAGAGGUGAAAGCGAAAGUGCUGUUCCCGCAGCCCGACUUCAACCCGCUCCUUCCGCGCCGGCCUGGAGAGCCCGGGCUGCUCUUCGCCUCGCGGCCCGACGUGGCAAAGCCGGGCACAACCUAUAAGCUCUUUUGCCGCCGGACAGCGAAUGGACCCGUGGUGUGGCGAUAUAUGGGAGAGUAUGUACAUAAGCGGGUGGGGGACGUGCCGAAGGAGACGUGGAGAGAGCAGACAGCGAGGGUCCGGGCAACGUGGGCGAAGCAUAUCGCGAGUAGCAAGAACGGGGUUUAUACUGCGGCGCGGCAACGGCUCCAGGAGGACAGCGAUACGGGCAGGCUGACCGGGGGCGAUAUCGUCACGGCACUAUGCAACGGCGGGGCGACGAUUGGCAUUGUCCAGAUGCGCUGUGUCGGGUACGACGCGGUGUUUGCGCGGCUCGUGGAAGAGGCGGUGGAGGCUGGGGAUGCGCAACGGGAAGAGAGAGCUGUGGCGGGCGGACAGCGGAGCAAGCGCGGAACGAGCGGGUCCAGGUCUGGCUCGGACUCAGAGUACACCGAGUCUGACGCUGAAUGGGACGGAGACGAGGAGGACGAAAAUGGGGCUGGAUAUGCCCGUGGCUCGAGACGGGCAACGUUCCCACCGGAGUGGGCAGAUGGUGAACUUUCGGAUCUAACGGAGUCGGAGGAGGAGGGAGAACGGGAACAGGAACUCGCAGGCAAUGGGGCGUUGUAG